UAUUUCAUCAAUUUUUAUCUCUGCUUUUGCGCGAGAGUCUUUCAAUUCUCGAAACGCCUUGCAAAAAGGGAAAAAAUCGAUUGGAUUGCCGUUUUGCACCCAUACCCAGUUCAACCGUUGCAUCUGGAGAAGUCGGAAGGAAGAGAUGUCGUACAUGAGAGGAGAUCUACUGAUGAAGACGAGAAAGCUGGUGAAGGGCCUCGCCAAAACCACCCCUGUUUGGCUGAAGGCCAUGGAACAGGCACCGCCCGUAACGUUUCCUCGUACCGAUGGAAAGAUCAAGAAGAUUGAGAUGCCGGAGGAUGUUUACGUCAAGAGGUUCUUCAAGAAGCAUCCGGAUUCUCUCUACCACGACGCCGUAAAGAUAAGUGGAUUCGAUCCCCCUCCUGCGCGAGUUUUUGCUUGGCGUGUGCUGGAACUAAAUGACGGUGUCUGUGAAGAGGAGGCCAUGGCUGUAGCUGAUAUGGAAUAUCGUGUUGAGAAAAAAGCAAAGAAGAAGGCACCACCUCCAAACCCAUAUCCAAGUGCCAUAAAAGAGAUACAAGCAGAGGAGAAGAAAUAUGUUCAUGAUCGUUUCUUUAAUCCCAAGAUACUUGAGAUUGUGCAAAAAAUGAAAGCUGAAAAGGCUGCACGGAUGCAAGAUCAACAAGGAGGUGGUGAUAGUGGUGCAGGUGGUGGCCAGCCUCGUGGCUGGAAUGGCGAACAGCGCUGGUGUACUCCAUUCAUGGUUACUGGUGAACUCCGUUGAUGGUUAUAUAAAGUGCUUUGUUAAAUUUGGUCUUUUGUCUGAUCAGCUUCUUCAGAAACUAGUUAGUAUUUCAUGUUCAGCAGGUAUGUAAUUCACACUUAAAUAGUAGAAGGAAAUAUUAAGCUUUUUGGAUGUCUUCUUAACAAA